UCGUCGUAGCAACGACCUAUGGCACAGUAGGUCAUUGCUACGGCGACGUAGCGUCUUGUGCGGACGUGCCCAGUAACGCUCGUGUUAGACGUCACUCCCAGUCAGCCCUGCGACGACGGAGCCGGCCGAGCUCAGCCCCAGGGCCCCGGGGCCGGGAGACUCUCCAGCCCCAGCCUCAGGUCCUUAACAGCCUGCAGGCACUUUGUGCCCUAGGGCACAGCAGCAGGGAGCCUGGGAGGACUCUUGGCCUCUGCUACCCCUGCACCAGCCUGCCUGCCUGCCUGCCUGCAGCCCAGCACCGCUGCCUGGCACUGCAGUGUGGCGCGGCUGCCAGGCUUGCACCCUCCACGCCUGCAGCACCCAGGCCCAGCUGAAGGCAGCUCCUUGCCACUGGGGCCAGCUCCAGCUGCCCGCAGCUUCCCCCAGCAGCCUGCCCGGAGCCUGCAGGUCCUGUGGGACAUUGCCUCGCUGCAUCGCUGCCAGUCCCGUGCCGGACCUCCGCGCAGGGCGCUGCAGGCAGCUGCCUGGGCCCGACAGCACAGGGACAGCCGCGCGGAGGCCCGGAGAGCCGACGUGGGAGCCCCGAUGGCCUCGUCGUCGCCUACGCUACUCCCCGCCACCCGGGGCGCCAACUGGUCCAUGGAGGAGACGGGAGACCUCGUGGCACUGUGGGGCGAGGAGGACGUGCAGCGGCAGUUCGCGCUGGGCGGGCGCUCCAAUGUCCACGUCUAUGAGGGGCUGGCGUGCCGGAUGCGGGAGCGCGGCUACGACCGGACAGCGCAGCAGUGCCGCAUAAAGGUAAAGGCCUUGCGGGCACAGUGGGUUUCCAUCUCUGACCACAAUCGUCGGUCGGGGAGUGCGCGCAAAACCAUGCCCUUUAUGCGGCAACUGGACGCCAUCCUCACGCCCCGGGACCCAAGCUGCAUCCAUGCGCACAGCACAGGUAGCCUGGCCGAGCCCCCACCCCAGGCUGGCAUCCGUGGUGACGGGUCACCGGGGGAGGGACCCUCGGGGCGCCAGCAGCUUGUCCAGCCGGGCUCCCCAGCUGCAGCCUCCACCAGCAGCUCGGGGAGCCUGGCCCAGUGCCUGCCCCAACAGCUCCACAGCCUCAGCCCCAGCCAGGAGGCACAGCCAGCCAUGUCACCGCUGGCCAUCAGCAGUGCGAGCUCCUCCCCAGGAGGGGCCCCUAUCCAGGCGCCCGUACUCUGCGCCCCACCAUCUGACGAGUCUGCCGGAAGCCUCACGCUGUUGCUGCCAGCCAGGAUCCAGCCGAGCCGUCGGGUACACCAGCCCCGGCCACGUGGCCCUGCAGUUGCAUGUGGUGGAGAGGCUGCACGUGGCAACCAGGAUGUGGGUUCAGAGUCACCGCCGCCCACAGCCGGGGCCCUGCGGAUGCGCCGGCUCCGCCAAAGGAGGUCCCAGGACAGGACCCUCCGCCUGGACCGGCUGGUUACGGCAUCAGAGGACCGUCUGGUGGACACACGGGCCUGGCGGGUGGAGGAUGUGGCCCGCCAGGAGAGGUGGCGGGCAGAGGAUGUGGUUCGCCAGGACAGGUGGCGGGCAGAAGACGUGGCUCGCCAGGACGCACGGGACCGGCGCGAGGAGGUGCGGGACCGGCGUGAGGAGGCGCGGGACCAGGCGGAACGGGAGUUUCGGACGCAGUUCCUCACCCUGGAGCGUGAGUGGGUGGAGGCCCUGCGGGAGCAGAGUGCAGUCCUGGGCAGGGCAGUGCAGGCCAUGGAGGAUAACCGCCGGGUGCUGGACACCCUGAUGGCCCUGGCAGUCGCCCUCGUGCCUCCUGCUGACCGGCCCCGAGCCCGGCCCCAGCCCCAGCCCUAGCCCUGCCUGCCCCCUGGCAGUCACACACUGCCGAGCAGCAGGCCUCCCCAUGGGCCUGGGCAGAGGUCCAGCACCACCUCCAACAGCCAGGACCCCUGUCCCGGCCCCCGCCCCAGGUCCACUACCACCCAGCCCCCAUGCCUGGGCCCAGGCCCACCACUUGCCGCAGCCCCACACAGGCAUGGAGCUGGAGCUGGAGCUGCUUGCAGCAGGGCUAGGACCGCAUGCCAGCCCUGCCGGCCCUGGCCAUUGACUGCUGGAGAAGGAGUUGUCUGUGCCAGGGGACCAGCAGCUGCUGUCGUCUCUGGGCAAGGAUUCCCACCCACUGGACUCACCGUGAAGUGUGUACCCAUGGGGGAACAGAGAGAGGCUGGGGUGCUGGGCA